AUGUCCAACCUAUCACUGGCAAGUCACAAACGGAUACUCACGCGGUAUACUAACCAAUUGCAAAAAGUUCUAACCCGAUUCAAAGAUACGCAGUUAGAAGAAAUCAGUGUUCAAAACCUGCAAGAUGAGAUAACGCCCACCGUUAUUCAAACAAGCCUACAGCAGUUAGAGGAAGCAGUGGCAGCGUUAGAAAACAUGACCACAAAGAUUCAACACGCACUAGAUGAACUCGCUACCAUGUUCGAAAAGUCACACCCAACGUCACCGAAUAUUGAAGAAGAGUUCGCACAGUACUCAACUACUGCUGAAGAAGCCAUUGGCAAUACUUUCGAAUACCUUGUACUCCUUCAUGCUCGGAUCCAUGGCUUCAAGGCUCAUGUUGAGCUUCUCAACACAUCCCACCAACACUCCACUACGAAGAGUAGUAAAGAUGAAUCCACCGUCACAGCAGUGAAAAAUCUGGAGCUACCCACAAUCCCAAUCCCAACAUUCAAUGGCGACAUCUGGGACUGGGAUAACUUUUGGGAGCUUUUCAAUUUAAACGUACAUUCACAAAAUCUUUCAGAGCUACAAAAAUUCAAUUACCUACUUAACUCCUUAAAAGGGGAACCUCUACAAUCGAUGAAGAAGUUCCAACUCACUAGGCAAAACUACUUAAAAGCCAUAGAAUUCCUCACUAAUAAGUACGGUAAUCCUGAAGAACUCAUUCGCCAGCUCCUCAGAAAGAUGGACAAAAUCUCCCUUCACUCGUCGUCCAUACACGAGCAACGCAGACUACUGGAAGACAUAGAAGCCAUCAUAGGCCAAUUAGUGCAAAAAGGUGAAAAUGUCGACAAUCAGUCCAUGUAUCAAAAGGUUCUUUCGAAAUUUCCAGUCGGGAUCCAACGUAAAGUUAUUCACAAAAAGAUCACUUCUCCCGACGAACCCUUCACCAUGCAGCAGCUUCUAAAAUAUUUUGAAGUGGUUAUAACCAGCGAGGAACAGGUAUGUCGCCAGACCAGCGCAACCAACACCUCCUCGAGAUACAGUUAG